AUGUCAAAACAGACGAGGAUGCACCGAACGUUCGACCAAGUCUCGGUGACCUUUACGCUCGGCGCAGAGGUUCUUCACAUGACUUUGCCGCGGAAGGAUACAUUCUACCCGCAUCCCAGCACGGUUCCAAUAGGGAAGAACACUCCGCUUACACGGCAGGUGAACUGCCCCGUAUGUACCUGUCCUGCUGAGGAUGCUCUCAGACUAUACUGCGGCCAUGUUUACUGCAAGGAAUGCUUCGUCGAUCAGUGUACACAACAUUCGCAGGAAUUUCCCAUCAGGUGCCUUGAAGGCUACGGAGAUUCAAGAGCAUGCAACCAGCCUCUGUCGCUAUGUGAUCUAGAGCGAGCCCUUCCAGCUAGCACGCUGGACAAGCUACUCGAGGCUUCAUUCAAGCAGUACAUACGUUCUCGUCCGGCCAAGUUCCGGUACUGUCCCGUGCCGACAUGCGGCCGGCUCAAUCCUAUCAAGAGAAUGUUGCCGCCUGAUGCUUCGCCGGUCACUAUAACGUGCUAUGGCUGCCGGGAGCCUUUUUGUCUCACGUGCAACGCUCCAGCACAUCCCAAUCGCACCUGCGAGCAAGCCGGCAACAACGCGAGCUUGGACGAGUGGAAACGGGAAAGUGGCGCAAAAGACUGCCCAAAAUGCAGUACCACCACCAUCAAAGAGUCCGGAUGCAACCACAUGCGAUGCCCGGCAUGUAUGGUCCACUUCUGCUGGUCCUGCCUCGCAUCCCUCGGCACCAGCGGGCAGACCUACGAGCACAUGAAUAACGUGCAUAAUGGGGACUGGGGUAUCGAGCGACUACCGUACCUACCUGCACCACCUAAUAUUCUCGUACGCAUUGCCGCAAGGCUUGGUAUCAACUACGAACAGCUCCUACAGCAGUGGGACUGGGAACUUGAGCACCAGCCCGGAGCCGACGAAGACGACGACGCCGAACAGCAGCCUGAAAUCCACCCCAACGGCGAUGAUGCCGAACCCCAGCCUGGUAUCAAUCAUGACAACAACGACGCCCGAAAUCUAGUCAUGCACACGUACCAUCAUCACCUAGUCUCCGCUUUCGAGUACGCUUUCGAGCACGGCUUUGGGGCCCUUCGGCCAGACGCUGAUCGGUCCGAGGAUAGACAGGAGGCCUUCAUAGCCUUGGUGCGUAACGUCGCCCACUUUAUCGAGUGGUAUCCGCAAUUUGCAAUAAACGCAUUCUGCAUCCGCGUGGAUCGUCUGAGACAGUUCGAAGAUGUCGUACUGUGGCAUCUUGACGACGCUGGGCCGAAACUGAGGUUGGCGUUAGAUAAGCUCUAUGAGCGUGGACUUUACGAUAUGCUGUUUUACCUAGAAUUGAUGGAGGAGAGAGAGAGACUGGAGGCUCUUAGGCAGCACAUUAUCGAUGCCAUCGCUCAAGAGGAUGCAGCUACCGCUAUCAACAUUAACGAUGCGCAAGUAGUAGAGGUAGGCGAAGAGGAAGCGGAGCAGGAGCAGGAUCCGCGUAGGUAUGCGUUUGAGAUCGAGCGCUCAUAG